ACACACACACACACACACACACACACACACACACACACACACACAGAGAGACACUUCAACAGACGGAGACUGGAUGCUUUGGCAGCAGGGACACAGCAGCUCUUUAUUUCAAGAACUCAGAGUAAACACACGAUGAAAACGUUGUUGGUUUUGCCUGCCAGUUUGCUGCUGCUGACACUUACAGCACCUGUCGGUUGUGCUGAAGAACCUGAGAUAAAAGUUGCCAAUGUCGCUGCGGGAAUUAAGCUGUCCUGCGGGGAUGUCAAUCAAAUUCAAAACAAAAAUGGUGAUAGAAUUGAGACUUUGAAAUACGACGAUGAGAACACAGGAGAGUAUACAUGUGCUGUGUCCAGUGCUGAUGGAAGCAUUCAGCUUGGACCAAAGAUCUUUGUGAAAUAUCGGACAUGUGACGACUGCAUAGAGAUAGACAUGGCUUCAAUAGUGGGAAUGGCUGUAGGAGACGUGGUGGCUACGAUUGUGAUAGGAGUGGCUGUCUAUCUCCUUGUGUCUCAGACUCGGGCCGGUCCAAUCACCUCCGUCAAGAAAAGCUCUGACAGACAACAUCUGGUCCCAAAUAGUGGCAGAAGCAGUGCUCCCGAUGACCACUACCAGCCCCUGAAAAAUCGACAAAAAGACAUAUAUGACAUGCCGAACAACAGAAGACCCCAGCCCCCCAAUUGAAGGCGUUCUCUCCACGUGUCCUCUGCAGAAUGGAAAAGUCUUUUAUCUGUGAUUGGCUGUCGCUCAUCCCGUCAUGUCAUUUGCUCUUUAUGAUACUGUUUUAGCUUUUAUCUUAUCAUUUAUUGACACCAUGCCUGUAAGAUGCUGCUCUUAUUAGACCUCACGUAAUGAGUGACUUCUGAACUGGACGUCAUAGUUAAGUGUUUAUCAGUCGUUUUAAUUGACACACAUAUGUGAUAUUUUUGUCCAUGUGUUUUUCUCUCCCCAUACUGUAAGUACGGCUCGUACAACAUAUCAUGGAAAUGAAGCAUCUACAUUGCAAAAUAAAAUAAUUGCGGAAUAAAAA